AUGUUAACACUUCUGCUAUUUGCAAGCGUUACCGAUCUUUAUCAAGAAUGGUGCGGUCCUUGUAAAGCUGUAACAGGAUUGUUUAAAAGAUUAAAAAAUGAAUUAAAUGAUGAACUAUUAAACUUUGCAAUAGCUAAGGGUGGAACUCUUGUAUGUGUUGUCCGUGGUGCUAAUCCUCCUGAAUUAGAGCGAUGUAUACGGGAAAAACUAACUCAGGAACAUGAGAUAUUAAGUGGGGAGCUUGAAAGAAUAGAGAUUAAAGAUCCCUAUUUGGUUGCUCUUGAAGAAGCGGAAGCUGAAGAGAUAAGGCGAAAAGAAGAAGAAGAA